AUGGCAGCUGGAGGCUGCGGCUCGCGAGCUGCCCGCCCAAAACAGCCCCGGAGCUCGCGCCCAGCUCGAGAGCAAGCGCGUGGGGCCGAUCCGGAUCCCCCCCUCCCGCGGGGCAAGCGCGUGGGGCCGAUCCGGAUCCCCCCCUCCCCACGGGGCAAGCGCGUGGGGCCGAUCCGGAUCCCCCCCUCCCCACGGGGCAAGCGCGUGGGGCCGAUCCGGAUCCCCCCCUCCCCACGGGGCAAGCGCGUGGGGCCGAUCCGGAUCCCCCCCUCCCCACGGGGCAAGCGCGUGGGGCCGAUCCGGAUCCCCCCCUCCCCACGGGGCAAGCGCGUGGGGCCGAUCCGGAUCCCCCCCUCCCCACGGGGCAAGCGCGUGGGGCCGAUCCGGAUCCCCCCUCCCCACGGGGCAAGCGCGUGGGGCCGAUCCGGAUCCCCCCCUCCCCACGGGGCAAGCGCGUGGGGCCGAUCCGGAUCCCCCCUCCCCACGGGGCAAGCGCGUGGGGCCGACCCGGAUCCCCCCCUCCCGCGGGGCAAGCGCGUGGGGCCGAUCCGGAUCCCCCCCCUCCCCACGGGGCAAGCGCGUGGGGCCGAUCCGGAUCCCCCCCUCCCGCGGGGCAAGCGCGUGGGGCCGAUCCGGAUCCCCCCCUCCCGCGGGGCAAGCGCGUGGGGCCGAUCCGGAUCCUCCCCUCCCGCGGGGCAAGCGCGUGGGGCAGAUCCGGAUCCUCCCCUCCCCACGGGGCAAGCGCGUGGGGCCGAUCCGGAUCCCCCCCUCCCCACGGGGCAAGCGCGUGGGGCCGAUCCGGAUCCCCCCCUCCCCACGGGGCAAGCGCGUGGGGCCGAUCCGGAUCCCCCCCUCCCCACGGGGCAAGCGCGUGGGGCCGAUCCGGAUCCCCCCUCCCCACGGGGCAAGCGCGUGGGGCCGAUCCGGAUCCCCCCCUCCCCACGGGGCAAGCGCGUGGGGCCGAUCCGGAUCCCCCCCUCCCCACGGGGCAAGCGCGUGGGGCCGAUUCGGAUCCCCCCCUCCCCACGGGGCAAGCGCGUGGGGCCGAUCCGGAUCCCCCCCUCCCCACGGGGCAAGCGCGUGGGGCCGAUCCGGAUCCCCCCUCCCCACGGGGCAAGCACGUGGGGCCGAUCCGGAUCCGUCCCUACGGGCAGGUGCCUGGGGAGGAAUCGGAUCUCCCCUCCCUCCUAG